AAAAAACUAAAAAUAUAAAUACCCACCUGAUUUGACAUCGACUACAAAAUCGUUAGAACAAAGUAAACUAUCGAUAAUCGAACAACUCGAUUGUCGUUAUUACGUCGUGUUGACGUGUUAUGAUAUCUGUGAACACUGCACAAUCGAAUUAUUACUGUUCUGUGGUAAAUACAGUACCUUUAUAAUCGUACCGCUACAUCAGUGCGCGGACACGCCGGACACUAUCACUAGUAUCAGCGACAGCCGACAACUGACAAGUGACAACCACAGUCCACAAUACUAUUUUAGAAGAGUAACAGCAUCAACGACAACACUAUAGCCGUAAUCACGGCGAGACUUGGGUCGCCUGCGCAGUAGGAUUUUAACGUUUUUCAUAGCUUACUCGAUUGGCAAUGGUCGCAGGACGCCAAGAAGUAAUUAACUUGUACAAGACCUUACUUUAUAUGGGACGAGACUAUCCUCAGGGUUAUGACUUUUUUCGUUCGCGGUUGAAGAAAGCUUUUCAACGUAACAGUGAUAUCAGUGAUCCCGAACAAAUAAAAAUGUUAGUUAAACGUGGCGAAUUUGUCGUCAAAGAAAUCGAAGCUCUCUACAUGCUCAAAAAAUACAGAACAUUAAAAGAUAGGUAUUCAACAGAAAAGAAUCAAUCGUAGUCAAUAGAUUUAUUUUUUAUAGAUUUUUUUUUAUAUAUAUAUAUAUAUUAUUAUAAAAAUUGCAUAGU